GUUUCAGUCCCUUGGCUAUAAUGGGCCUCAGCCUUGCUGCUUCUUUUGUUUUCCUGCCGCCAGAGCUUCCAGCAAAAAGUGGAGCCCAGGCCUCCAAGAACAUUGUUUGGGAUCAGCGGCCUGCAAAGCUUCCAGGUGGUGGAGUGACCCGGCCGUUCUUGUGGUUCCCUGCUCCGGAGGGGACCGGGAGCAGGAGGACAGUGAUCUUCUUCCACGGAAACGCGGAGGACUUGCAGCUGAUCGAAGCAGACCUUCAGCAGUUUGGGCAGGUGUUGAAGUGCAACUUGCUGGCCGUGGAGUAUCCGGGCUAUGGCCUUUGUUCACAAGCCAAAGGUUGCCAGGAGGUGAGCUUCGAAGGAGUGGCAGAUGUUGCGAUGCACGCCUUGCUCUAUUGUUGCCACGUCCUCGAGGUAGACCCAUCUCAGAUCAUCCUGCAUGGUCGUUCGCUUGGCAGUGCGCCGGUUCUGCAUUUGGCCAAGCGUGCCUAUGACCUGCUUCAUUGGGAAAUUGGUGGCAUCGUCCUCCAGUGUCCUUUUAUUAGCAUCCGGCAAGUGGCCGCAGACUAUGUUGGGCUUGCAGGUAGCCUGCUGGUUCCAUCAGAUUGCUACAACAACAUGGCAGCAUUGAGUCUGCUGUGUCAGGUCCCUCCAGGCUGCUGUUUCGUGCCCAUCUUGAUCCUCCAUGGGGAGCUUGACAAGGUGAUCAAACCGUAUCAUGGCAGAGCACUUUUGAAAAAGGCGCGUGGAGGAUGCACCAAUCUUGCAUUAUUUGUCGCUUGCAUUAAGGCGGCCUGCGUCCAGAUAUACAAGUAAUCUGUAAAGAAACUUUCGAGAAGAGGUUCAUUGUUUUGCGAAAUGCCUCUCGCCUCUGCGACGAAUGCAUGUGGUCAACCAAGCCCCUAGAGAUCCCUAGAGCCAAUCACGUCACACCAAGCCCCGCUCCGAUCCGAAUGGAAUAGCGACGUCACGGACGUAACUUUGCCAUAUUUGGGCUGCAGAACUAAAGCUCCCAGAAGCUGCUUCCGCUACAUUUGUACUACAAGGUUGCCAGUUCUCAUCCUGGAGGCCCAAGAGCUGCUUCUCGCACUGUUUGUACUGCAGAGUUGCGUAGCUGCGGCCACUACAAAGUUGUCAGUUCUGAGCCCAGACCUCUCAGAAUCUGCUUCCUGCACUAGAUUUGAUUUGUACUACAAAGUUGCCAGACCUCCCAGAUGGUACUUGGACUGCGUUUUUUUGUUCUUGGUUUGGUGUUGUCCCUUCCCACAGUGUUUUCCCUUCCUGCUUGCAUAGUUUAAGGCGUGGAGUGCCUGUUGCCUUCCAACAUGUUGCCACAUGUUCUUGGUGUUUUCGGUGUCCGCGUGGGUGCUUGUUGUUUGGCGUUUCGGUUGCCAGUGUCAUCAUGCCAUCAUGCCCCGCUGUGCGAAUCAGGAACCGGGAAAAUCCACCUCGACCCGAUCCCGAAGACCAAGAGCUUGUGUGACCCGUGUGACCCAAAAGGCUUCAAUAAAAACAUGUUUUUCAACAAAAACCACGCCAAGGCGGUUGAAGCACGGCGGUUGAUUGGGCGGGGAAGCUUUUUAUUG